AUGACGUCAACGGGUCGGCAGCUAUUUUUGAGUAAGCGAAUUGUAACUGAGACUGGAGUGACAGACGGCGGUGUGCUGGUGAACGAGAAUGGUCUUAUAGAGAAACUCCUGAGCCGACAGCAAGCCGAGCAACUUAUCAAAGAGAGCAAUGGAGAUGUUACAGUGGUGGACGGUGGUGAGCUGGCACUGAUGCCAGGUGUGGUAGAUUCCCACGUCCACGUAAAUGAGCCCGGUCGCACCGCGUGGGAAGGCUUCCGAACUGCAACCAGCGCAGCUGCAGCCGGGGGCAUCACGACCAUUGUUGAUAUGCCUUUGAACUCCAUCCCUCCAACAACAACACUUGAAAACCUUAAAAUAAAAGCCUCCUCAGCGAAGGGGAAUGUUUUCGUUGAUGUUGGUUUUUGGGGAGGAGUAAUAGUCGGAAAUAAGGAUUCCCUUCGUGACCUAGUGAAGGCUGGCGUUGUAGGUUUUAAGUGUUUCCUUUGUCCUAGCGGCGUUGAUGAGUUUCCAAACGUACAAGCUGAAGAUCUAGAAAAAGCUUUCGCUGCUCUCGAAGGAACAGGAUCAUUGUUAGCGUUCCAUGCAGAGAUGGAGGAUGAAAAAAACGAAUGCGACAAAAAAAUAUUGAAAAAAGAUCCGGAGGAGUAUACUACGUACUUAGAAUCACGACCUCCCAAAAUGGAACUCAAUGCUAUAUCACUAAUUUCGAGCUUUCUGAAUAAAACUGACGUUCGAGUGCAUGUAGUACACGUAUCAUCGGCGAGCGUGGUGCCGCUGUUGAACAAAGCGCGCGAAGAGAGGUUGGCAGCGGGCAACAAAGCCUGGCGAGGAGGAGUUACAGCUGAAACGUGUCACCAUUACCUGUCGCUUAGUGCUGAACAAAUUCCGCGAGGGCGAAGCGAGUACAAGUGUGCGCCUCCUAUUAGGGAUGUGGAAAAUAAGGAAAAGCUGUGGAAAUAUUUACUAGAAGACAAGUUAGAUAUGGUUGUAUCUGAUCACUCGCCAUGCACUCCAGAACUCAAAUGUUCUAACAAUUUAGAAGCAUGGGGAGGAAUUUCAUCGGUUCAAUUUGGCUUGUCAUUGUUUUGGACUGAAGCUAGCGCGCGUGGUUUGAACCUGACAUCGAUUUGCAAAUAUAUGUGUGCUGCGCCUGCUCAGCUCUGCGGUAUCCAAGACCGCAAAGGCGCUAUUAAACCCGGUCUUGACGCUGAUCUCAUUUUCUUUGACCCAGAUGCUGAGUUCACAGUUAGCACCGAUAUAAUACGACACAAGAAUAAGCUUACACCGUACGUCGGAAAAACUUUAAAGGGCGUUGUUAAGAAAACAUACCUUCGUGGUCAGUUAAUUUAUGCUGAUGGUGACAUUAUUGAAGAACCUAAAGGAAACUUGCUGCUAAAUAACUUUUAA